CUGUGGCGCUGUGGUUGGCAUUUGGUCGGCAUCCCGCAUGAAUAGUUGAUUGUUGUAAAACAAAAAAGCAUGUUAAUCAUGUUUUUUUACGAAUAAUUUGUGAAGGAAUGUUGAGUUGAGUAAUCUGUGUACGAGGAAUAAUACUCCUCUGUAACGUCGUCAAGUUGCGAUGGCCGAUAAACUAAAAAGAUAUGAAAAAAUUGACUUUUUGGGAGAAGGACAGUUUGCAACGGUUUAUAAAGCGAAAGACACGGAAACCGAUCAAAUAGUUGCAGUGAAAAAGAUCAAAGUUGGAAGUCGAGCAGAAGCCAAGGAUGGAAUAAAUAGGACAGCGCUACGAGAGAUCAAAUUGUUGCAGGAACUGAAACAUGAUAAUAUCAUAGGCUUGUUAGAUGUGUUUGGUCACAAAUCGAACGUAUCAUUGGUCUUUGAUUUCAUGGACACAGAUUUGGAGGUGAUAAUUAAGGACAUAAAUAUAGUAUUGACAACAGCGAAUAUUAAGUCAUACAUGAUACAAACUCUCAGGGGUCUGGAUUAUCUACACUUUAAUUGGAUACUCCAUAGAGACUUAAAACCAAAUAAUUUACUAGUCAAUAGUCAAGGAGUGCUCAAGAUAGGAGAUUUUGGUUUGGCAAAAUUUUUUGGCUCUCCAAACAGAAUCAACACGCAUCAAGUUGUGACUAGAUGGUACAGACCACCGGAAUUGCUUUACGGGGCAAGGCUCUAUGCCACAGCGAUUGACAUGUGGGCUGUUGGUUGUAUUCUAGCAGAACUUCUUCUGCGAGUACCAUUUUUACCUGGAGAAUCUGAUCUUGACCAGCUCACAAGAAUUUUUCAAACAUUGGGAACUCCAACCGAAGAAAGUUGGCCAGGAAUGACAGAAUUGCCAGACUUCAUCCAAUUUAAACCGUUCCCAGGAACUCCCCUAAAGCACAUAUUCACUGCUGCGGGUGACGAUCUUCUCGAUUUAAUAGCAAGCCUCUUGAAUGUAAAUCCAACUGAAAGAUGCACUUGCGAUCAAGCCCUUCAAAUGCCUUACUUUGCCAACAAACCACCGCCUACACCAGGACCAAAGCUACCAUUGCCAAACACCGUCAUGAAACGUCAACCUGAAGAAAAGCCCAGUCUGAAAAGGAAGUUGCUCGAGUCCCUCGACGGUGGAUCCUUGGCCAAAAGAUUGCAAUUUUAAAUGAAAGCACGUUAUAUUCGUAAUGCUAAAAUGACAUCGAUAAUUCAUAUUUUUUAUAGUAAAUUAUCGUUCGCUAUUGAAAUCCGUUGUUCGAGCUCUCUCUCUUCUUUCGUUUUCCAUCGACAGCCGCGUGUUACUUUAGAACAUGCAUAUCUCUUUGCUCAUGAAUAUUUCACGAACACUUUCUUCGACUCUAUGUGUGCAUCGAGCACAGAAAAGGAUACAUGUUAAUUGAAAACUGAACGAGAAAAUUAUAUCAGUUGUGUAUCGAACGAAAAUAUAAAUCUAAUAUUCAUAAUAACGUAA